AUGGCGUUGACCCAUUGCAUGUCGUCAUUUUUCGAAGCGGCCGUUGCCUAUUUCUGGAAAAGUCUAUCUUGGCUGAAUUCCAGGUGCCGACCGAUCCGACCAAUGGGUCACCUGCAGAUGGUCAUCGGCUUUUUGCUCAUCUCCUACUGGGCCUAUUCGACUAUUUCUUUCAACCGACAAGUCGUGUCGGUCUGGCUAACUGAAAGGUUCGUUCAUCAUCAAAUGAGGACGAAAUAUAAUGCGACGACGCCCAGCAAUCAGAAAAUUGACCGACAGACUUGUUGCUUUUUAACCGAUUUAGCAGUAGACAUUUGCGGCCGACCCAAUUGCACGUCUCCAUUGUGUCCGCCUACUCCAACUUUACAUGAGCUGAAGAGCGACGGGUCAAACGCCUUUUUCAUCGAAACGUCCGGCAGCGGCGGUUUGAACAUCCGCCAGGCCUGCGCCGUCGAGUCGCUGGCCUUUCACAAUCCAAAUUUGACCGUCAACGUCCUUUUCAUGAUGGACGACGGCCAUCAUCAGAAACAAAAUAAAAGCAAAGUGAUGAUUAAAACUGUCGAAAAGUUGAGGGAAAAAUACGAAAAUGUCCAGUUCAUCGUUGCCGAUUUGGCCGAUUACAUGACCGGCACGUCGAUGGAGAAAUGGUUCCACUGCACUGACUGGCGGACAGGGGCCUACCACAUCUCCCACCUGAGCGACGGCCUGCGCUUCCUGACCCUGAACAAGUACGGCGGAUAUUAUUUUGACCUGGACGUCAUCUCGGUCCGGCCCGUCACCUUUUACCGCAACUUUGUGGCCGCCGAGUCGGGCAGAGAAUUCGGCAGCAGCGUCAUUCACGUCGACUACGGACAUCCCAUUAUGCAACUGGCCGUCAACGACUUUACUUCCAACUACAAACGAGAUGUUUGGGGCCACAACGGACCUGAUUUGUUAAUGCGGGUCAUGAAAACCUUUUGCGGAGAAGAGAAUUUCAAUGCCAUCAAUUACGUCAGUUGCCGAGGCUUUGGUGCCCUGCCGACCUCGACGUUUUCUCCGAUCCACUGGAGCAAUUGGCGAUCGUUUUUCAGCCAAAGGCCGGCCAAUGAAACCGGAGCGCCCGGUUGGAUCACCAAACAAGUCGUCGGCGUCCACGUUUGGAACAAAUUGAGUUUCAACGAAACGGCCUACAAGAAUUCGACGCAGGAAUACGUCCGGCUGGUCAGGCACAAUUGCCCCGUCAUCUUCUCCAUCGCUUCCGAAACAUUUUAA